AUGGACUCCAACAAAGCCCCAGGGGCGAAGCAAAGCUCGCAAACCGAAACCCCCGAGCAACUUCUCGACGUCUUCAAGGCUGCGGCGCUUUCUGUAACCAAAUUGUACAAGACAUCAGCUCUGGCAGAGUCUAGAGCCAGAACAGAUGGAUAUCAAGAGUGCCUGGAAGACCUUCUUACUUUCUUAGACAAGCAAAAUAUUGGCCUGUCGGAUGGGGAAGGAUGGUCGAUACGAAAGUGGGCGACAGAACGCCUCGACGGAAAGGAGCCCGGGUCACACAGCACCGAGAGCGAAGACGAAACCGAACGAGUAGAACGAACGUCAUCGCCCGAAGUCACGAGAACGAGCGUCGAACCUCAAACGGCCGCCCCCAAACGAGGAGAAUCGCCAGCUUCCAAUGUCAUGUCGAUCCCAGAGCCGAUUCCUGAGGAGCCCAUGGCUAUUGUUGUACCAUCGCAGGACACCUUUACCUUUCAGUCAUCCCACCCCUAUCCCAACAUCGCCACGCUAGACCUUUCGGAUUCGCGGGCUCGGGAUGGGUCAUCACAUCCUCCCGGACGAAGCUCGAAGUCGAGGCUUGGCGGACACAGCUCGAAAUCAGGCCCUCGGGGAGGUGGACAUUUGGGCAAGGGGGCCGGGACAAAACGCCGAUGGGAUUUUGACGACUUUUUCGGUGGAUGUCUCGGCGGAAAGGAUCCGUUUGGCAAUGGAGGGAAGCGAAGUAGGCAUGCUUGA